UCAUAGUUGGAAGGAUUGGUAGCAGUGACACCACUCAUCUCGGCAAGGUUGGCAGCACUGGGCGGCCGGUCAACACAUCACAACACAGUAAACAUUUGAUGCACCACCAGUAUGGGCACCGUUCACGCCAAAAGUCCCGACACAGAUGAGGGCAGUGUGGGUGUCAAGAUGGACCUACAGGCUCUUAAGCGCCAGGAGAGGGAGAGAAAGAGGAGGCUAAGGAGUGUCAGGGAGAGACUGGCUUUUUUGAGAAGGAAGGCGAUGCAAAUGAAAUUAAAGAAGAUUAAGGCCCGAGUGCAGAGGGUCCACGUGGACGGGCUGGGGAGGACCAAGGAUGACAUCGUAAUCAACACUGUAAGGGAUGUGUUUGCCGCCCAGGACUUCCAGACGGUGAUAAUGAAGAUCCACGAAGCAAGGACGCGGCUGUCUAACCUGGGCUGCUUUAAGGACGUCGGGGUGUUUAUUGACACAUACAAGGGGCCGGAUGCUUUAGAGGACGGCAUUGAGGUAACAUUUGAAGUGCGGGAAACGAACCUCCUGGGGGCCAAGAUUAACACCAGCGUGGGGAACAACGAAGGGUCUGUCUCUACUGGCGGUGUGCUCAGAAACGUGUUUGGACGCGGGGAAGAGGCCAGCUGUGAAUACUCUCAUGGCACCAAGCGAACUUCAUCCUUUCACACGACGUUUACCAAGCCUUUCCAUAAUGAAGCAAGCACUGUUCUAAGCAGCAGCGUGUACCAGCAAGCCUCAGAGUCGCCCUGGUCCGGGUACAAGGAGCUGGACCGUGGUAUUCUCCUGUCCCUCGCCUUCAACUCGGCGCCGCAGGUGCAACAAAAGCUGGUGUUGGACGGAGUGUGGCGUCACCUGGCCUGCCUGUCACGCACCACAGCCUUUGCAGUGCGGGAACAGGCCGGUCACUCCCUCAAGUCCUCCCUGAGACAUGAACUGAAGGUGGACAGGAGAGACGACCUGGUGUUCCCCUCAGAUGGUGUUGCUUUCACCAUUAAGAAUGAACUGGCUGGUCUAGGCGGCGACAUUGGCUUCCUAAAGAAUGAAUUGGAUCUACAAGUGAACGUACCUCUCCCUGGGGACUUGGUGAUCCAAGGCAGCCUGGUAGCCGGCCACCUGCUGCCUCUGAGGAACAACAAGACACACUGCAUCACAGACCGGUUCCUCCUUGGCGGCCCCAUGAACCUGCGUGGCUUUGAAAUGUGUGGUGUGGGGCCCCAUAGUGACGGGUGUUCUCUGGGGGCUGAUAUGUACUGGGCGGCAGCUUUGCACACUUACUCUCCUCUUCCUCUUCUGGGCCGCGGAGGAUCGAUCAGCGACAAAUUCCGCCUCCAUGCAUUUGUCAACACUGGAAACAUUGGAGACUUUGUGUUGACUGACGAUUACAAGCAGAACCUCCGGACACUUCUUCAGGAGGUUCGUUUGUCAUACGGCGCUGGGCUGGCAAUGAGUCUGGGAGGAUUUGCACGUGUGGAGCUCAACUACUGCGUGCCUCUGUUGGUGCAGCGCGGCGACCGACCCAGCCAGGGAUUACAGUUUGGUGUGGCUGCCAGUUUCCUAUGAGAUCCUUCCUUCACCCUAGAGGUCCUGGGUUUCUUUACUUGGUCCUCAUUAUCCUUGUCUUUCUCUUGUUUACCUCCUGUCUUCCUUCUUUUGCUUGCCCUGUCUUCUUUCUUUCAAUUCCUAGUCUCUGCCAGCUUCCUCUGAGGUCGUUUCCUUCAUUCUAGAGUCCCUGGAGUCCUUCAUUUGGUCCUAGUCCUUUUCUUUUCUCUGUCUAGCUCCUGUCUUUCUCCUUUGUCCUUGUCUGCCAGCUUCCUCUGAGGUCCUUUCCUUCAAUAGAGAGAUCCUUGGUUCCUUCAUUUGGUCCUUCUAGUCUAGUCCUUGUCUUGCCCUUGUCUACCUUUCAUCUUUCUCCUUUGCCUUUCUUCAUUCAUUCCUUUCAUUCCAUCUAAUCUUGUCUUCCUUCCUUCAUUCCUUUAACUCCCUGCCUUUCUCUCCCUCAUUUUCCACACAGUCAUUUUUCUCUUUCUGUAUCUUUUCUUCUUUACUUCUUCAGGCUAGUCCUUCAUUAUCUCCUCUUUAAGUCUUCCUUUCUCCAGCUUGUCUAUUGUCUACGUAGGAAGGGUAAAAAGAGUGGAUAUAUUGAGUGGAUGGAGUGAGGAAUUGGUGAGGAUGGAAAGGUCAUAUCUUGGGUGGAUCUUAGUAAGGUGGAAGGCUGAGUGAGGGAGGAAAGGUUAGAAAAGAAUGGAGGACAGGAGGAUGAGGAAGCAAAGGUUAGGAAGGGAGAAGGAAAGAAGAUUGGGAAGGGUGGAAGACUAAGUGAGCGAGGAAAGGUUAGGAAGGAAUGAAGGACAAUGUGAGGAUGGGUGUUAGUAAUGGUGUUGUGGGUGAGGAGGAAAAGGUUAGGCUGGCAGCUGCUUCCAUUUACUUAUGCAAGACUUGUACAGUGUAAAAAUACAGUCAUAUAUAUUAAU